UUUCAAAUAAACUGGAUUUUCCGAAUACCUAAAAUAAUGGAGACUGGUGUAGAGUUGGGCUUUGUGGAGCCGUGUGAAGAUUGGCUUUUGUCGAACAAGUUCUUCCGAAGUAAAGUUGGCGGUAAACCGGCCUGGCUGGAUUUGAAAAAUAUACCACUUCCGAAGGAUUUACUGUGCGAGGAAUGCGGAGAUCCUUGCGUGUUUUUGUGUCAGGUUUAUGCUCCAUUGGAUGAAAGUGAACGUUGCUUUCACCGAAUGCUAUUUUUAUUUGUAUGUUUGAGAGCCACCUGCUAUAGACCAAAUCAGUGCAACAACAUCUUGGUAUAUCGCUCUCAACUUCCUAGAAGAAAUGACUAUUACGACUUUGAUCCUCCUAACGAAGAAACACGCGCGGAACCUGUACCGUCUCCGGUUCCACUGUGCGCCGUUUGUGGCUGUCAUGGACCGCAAAAAUGUUCCAGAUGCAAACAAGCUAACUAUUGUGGCGUAGUUCAUCAGCGAAUCGACUGGAAGCAUGGCCAUAAAAGCUCCUGCAGCGGAGAAGUGAACCAAUCGGAACCGACAAAGAUUUUGUUUCCACAAAAUGAAAUUGUGACAGAGCCGGAAAAGAUUGAACAAAAAUCUAAUCUGUCCGAGCAAGAAAAUGAGCAGAAGCAAAUGGAAGAAUACGAGAGAUUGUCGAAGCAAGGUAAAACCGGAGAGCUUAGUGAACUGUCGGAAAGCGAGUUGGACAAAUACUCUGAGCAAGUGGACGAUAAAACGUUUGCCCGGUUUAGAAAAAGAAUCGAAGCGGAACCCGAACAGGUUUUACGAUACGAUCGAAAAGGAAGCCCUCUUUGGAUUUCUGAUGUGCUGCCCGAGGCAGUUCCAGACUGUGAAAACUGCGGUGCAGCAAGGGUUUUCGAGUUUCAGAUAAUGCCUCAACUGCUUAACAAUCUCGACAACAGCAACAUAGACUGGGGGACACUGGCCGUUUAUACAUGCGAACAAAGUUGUGAUCGACCUGAUCAUGCAUAUGCUAAGGAAUACGUUUUUAAGCAGGACGUUUCCGACACAAAACCUAGUCAAUCAUCGGAUAAUUAAAAGUCAAACUUUUGAUAAACAUGUGUUGCUGUUUAUUACAGUCUAUUCGAUGAAUAAAAUGUUUCUCGUAUCCUGCCGA